AAAGAUUGGUAUGGGUAUUGGAAGAUCCAUUGAAGAAAACCACAUUUGCAUGACAUUCUUGUAUGUCUUGAUCAUUUCCUUACGAUACUGCACGGCAGCCGACACAUUACUUAACGAUAGUCCCAUCUCCUUGACACAAACUCUUGUCUCUUCCAAUCAAGUUUAUGAGCUAGGCUUCUUCAAUCCAGGUAAUUCCACAAACCGAUAUCUUGGUAUAUGGUUCAAAAACAUUACGGCAAAGAAAAUUAUAUGGGUCGCAAACAGAGAAAAUCCACUCUCAGUUUCCGACAACAGGUCUAGCCUAACCAUUGCCAAUGAUGGGAAUCUGAGAAUCCUAGAUGGUGAUCAAAAAACUCUCUGGUCAACAAACGUACGAGGCCAGUUCAAUGAAACAAUUGCACAGCUUACAGAUAUGGGAAAUUUUUGUAUUAAUGAUACCGCUUCCGGAUCGAUUUUGUGGGAGAGUUUUGAUUAUCCUGGUAACAGUCUAUUACCAGGCAUGAAGCUGGGAACAAAAGGGAAUACACAAGGUAAACAUUUACUGUCGUCAUGGAAAAGCGAAGAUGAUCCAACGCCUGGAGAUUUUGUAGCUGGACUUUCGGCAGAGCAGCCGCCACAAAUUUUCGUAUGGCGUAAUUCUAAGCCAACCUGGAGAGGUGGGCACUGGGAUGGAGGGAAGUUCAUAGGUAUACCGGAGCAGGAUGCUGGGUACUCGGAAUUAGUAACUCUCAUACCAGGGAACUCACGAGAGGGAGCGUAUCUCGUUGUUAACCUUUUAAACUCGUUUGAUAUCAAUUGGUUGUAUUUACAACCUGAUGGUGUGUUUCAGAUGAAAUCCCGGUAUCGUGUUAAUGACACAUGGGGUACUAGUUGGGAAGUACCACUUAAUCCAUGUGAUGUUUAUGGAGCUUGUGGUGCUUUUGCAAUUUGUACAUACACAACGUCUCCUAUUUGUGCCUGUUUGAGAGGGUUUGUACCACAGAUGAAAGACGAAUGGGCGAAAGGUAAUUGGACCAGGGGUUGUGUAAGGAGAAGUGAACUUUUUUGUGAGAAGAAUGAAACUAGUUUAGCUUCUAGUAACACUAAACCCGAUCAGUUUCACGUGCUAAGAGGGAUCAAGCUGCCAGAUCAUCAUCAAUAUUUUCCGUACAUGGAUACUGAUGAAUGCCAGCAAUGGUGUAUGGGUAACUGUUCUUGUAAGGCGUAUGCGUACGUGCAAGGGAUUUACUGUAUGGUUUGGACAGAAGAGCUCGUGGAUAUUGAACAGUUCUCAUAUGGAGGGCAGAAUCUGUCCUUGCGCCUUUCUUAUGUGGAUUCAGAUCCUAACACAAAUUUAGGCGAAAAACCAAAUGGACCAGCAUUACGCAUCAGUCUCAUAACCAUAGGGGUUGUGCUCCUUUUGGGCGCCUUUGUGUUUUGCUUAUACAGGUGGACAUCAAAUAAGAAAGGAAGGGAAACAAACUUAUAUCACUUGAAUUCAGAGGAUGGACUUGUUUUGAGGGACACCCUACAAGAAGAUGUGCUUAGGCAGGACUCUUCUGAAUUACCUAUAUUCGAGUUUAAACAAAUAAUAGCUGUCACUGACCACUUCAGCUACAAAAACAAACUUGGUGAGGGAGGAUUCGGGGCGGUAUAUAAGGGAAUGCUAGAUGAUGGACAACAAGUAGCAGUGAAGAGGUUGUCAGGUAACUCUGGGCAAGGAAUUGAAGAGUUUAAGAAUGAAAUCAUGUUGAUCUCCAAGCUCCAACACAGGAAUCUUGUUAAACUAUUGGGUUGUUGCGUUGAAGGAAAAGAGAGAUUAUUGAUUUACGAGUACAUGCCGAACAAAAGCUUAGACACUUUUCUCUUUGAUCCAAAGAAACGCCGCCAACUUGAUUGGGCAACACGCUUCAACAUUAUUCAAGGGAUUGGUCGAGGACUUGUUUAUCUCCAUCGAGAUUCUUGUUUAAGGAUCAUACACAGAGAUUUAAAGUGCAGCAAUAUUCUUCUGGAUGAGAAAAUGAAUCCCAAAAUAUCAGACUUUGGAUUGGCUCGAAGUUUUCAAAUCACACAAGAGUUGGCGAAUACUCGCCGAAUUGUUGGAACAUAUGGAUAUAUGUCUCCUGAAUACGCCAUGGGAGGAGUAAUUUCAGAGAAAUCAGAUGUAUUUAGUUAUGGGGUAAUGCUGUUAGAGAUUAUGAGUGGCAAAAGGAAUACAGAAUUUAUACAUCAGGAACAAAUCUAUCCUCUCGCGCACGCAUGGAAAUCAUGGAAAGAAGGGAGAGGAAUAGAGUUGAUGGAUCAAGAACUGGGAGGGUCAACUUGUGUAUCAGAGGGUUUGAGAUGCAUACAUGUGGCACUUCUUUGUGCCCAGGACCUGCCUAAAGAUAGGCCAACAAUGACAGAAGUAGUUUCUAUGCUAUGCAGUGAAACUCAACUCCCAGAGCCAAAGGAGCCCUUAUUUACUUUGCAAAGGCUGUCUGGUAACAGCACUAGACAGGAAUAUAUAAACUUGUGUUCUAUAAAUGCAGUCACUAUAUCCAUGAUUGAAGGGCGCUAAUGAGUAGAGGGUAAUUAUAAUUUUAUAAAAAAUAUCCUUCAAUUUGUUCUUUGUAUUUAUAGAUGUAAGAUACGCGUACAAUAAUUAUUAACUUUAACA